GUUUGGUUUCACUUGUUGGUAUAACCCUACCCUCUUCUUCUACUUCUACUUCUACUUCUACUUCUACUUCUACUUCUUCUUCUUUCCACUCUCUCUCUCUCUAUCUCUUUCUCUCUCUCUCUACCUUUUGACUAUAUGCUGGUCGCCGGCGAAAUAUUGAACGUGUGAUAACUUUUUCUGGGGAUUGAUCCGAGAGACAACGGCGAGAGAUCUAAAUCCACCAUUGGAGGGAUUAAAUCCAAAUUGGACAACUCAAUGGUUUGGGGUUUGAGGUAUAUAAUGUUUUUAAUUGUUUGAAGAUUUUGAUGGACGAAGUAGUACUAGUAGUAGUAAUAAAGAGAUGGAGAUUGUUUUGGAGCAGCAAUCGAAAUCUUUAUCUGGAUACUGGGACAAGUGUUGCCCAUUUAAGAAAGACUCGUUUUUUAUGAUUGGAGAAGAAGAAGAAGAGUCUUAGAACAGAAUCUGUUGUUUGUAUUUGAAAUAGUUGUUUUUUUGGGUUUUUGGGUUUGGAUUCUUUGUAUUGAAAAUAUAGGGUAUUUAACAUUUAAUAAUGGCUGCUGAAGAACAUUCGAAUAAGAGAAGAAGAGUCUACUCUUCUGCUUCUGCUUCUGCUUCUGCUUCUGCUUCUGUAGUUGUGAAUUCCAGGGAAGGAGAUGAUCAUAGCCUCAGGUUGGGAUCAAGUGACUUGCUUCUCCCUGGUCUUAUCGAUGAUGUUGCUCUAAAUUGUCUUGCUCGGGUUCCUAGAUCAGACUAUCCUUCCUUGUCUCGUGUAAGCAAGAAGUACAAUAAGUUGGUCAACGGUGGACAUUUGUUUGGCCUUAGGAAGGAGCUGGGGAUUGUGGAGUAUCUUGUUUUCAUGGUUUGUGACCCGAGGAGAGGUUGGUUGAUGUUUUCUCCUAUGAAAAAGAAAUGGAUGGUGUUACCUAAAAUGCCCUGUGACGAGUGCUUCAACCAUGCUGAUAAAGAGUCUUUGGCUGUAGACGACGAGCUUUUGGUUUUCGGGAAAGAGUUGUUUCAGUUUGCUAUUUGGAAAUACAGUUUGAGGUCUCGGUGUUGGAUCAAAUGCGAAGGUAUGCAUCGUCCUCGCUGCUUGUUUGCAUCUGGAAGCCUCGGCGGGAUCGCUAUAGUUGCUGGUGGAACAGAUUUGAAUGGGAAUAUAUUAGCAUCAGCUGAGCUUUAUGAUUCUUCUUCAGGGAGAUGGGAGAUGCUUCCCAAUAUGCAUUUCCCUCGAAGACUUUGCUCUGGAUUUUUCAUGGAUGGUAAGUUCUAUGUGCUUGGAGGCAUGUCAAGCCCUAAUGUAUCGGUUACUUGUGGGGAGGAGUUUGAUCUGGAGACAAGGAAAUGGAGGAAGAUAGAAGGAAUGUAUCCGAAUGUAAACCGAGCUGCACAGGCUCCACCUCUUGUUGUGGUGGUUGAGAACGAGCUAUUUACGCUGGAGUACUUAACGAGUAUGGUGAAGAAGUAUGAUAAGAAGAAGAACAAGUGGGAAGUCAUGGGAAGGUUACCACAGAUGGUGGACUCGUCAAACGGUUGGGGGUUGGCGUUUAAACCGUGCGGGGACCAACUGUUGGUGUUUUGUGGGCAACGAGGUCCUCAUGGGGAAGGCAUUGUGGUGAAUUCUUGGUGUCCAAAAUCAGGAGCUAAAGAUGGAAACUUGGAUUGGAAAGUGCUUGGAGUUAAAGAGAAUGUUGGUGUGUUUGUGUAUAACUGCGCAGUGAUGGGUUGUUAAAAAAGGAAACCAUCUUUGUUACUUCAACUUGGAAAGUUGAGGGUUUCUUUUUUUUUUAUUACAUCAGAUCUAUCUCUGGUUCGUUCUUCUUCUUCUUCUUCUUCUUCUUCUUCUCUAUUUGACUGGUCUUUUAGUUUAUUUUGCUCUUGGGGAUCAUAAUGCUUCUAUUGUCUGUUCUGUGUUUAAUUUUUGUGGGUAAAUUGGAAAAAAAAAAAGUGAAAAUUCAUUACUCUGCAAAA